CAAAAUUUAAAUUUAAAAUGCCAUUAGAAAAAAGGGAAAAUAUAGCAAACUAUCUUAAGGAAAAAUGGAGAUUACUUCCAGCUUUUUUAGAAGCUAAAGGAUUAGUUAAACAACAUAUUGAUUCCUUUGAUUAUUUUAUCAAUACUGAAAUUAAAGAAAUAAUGAAAGCGAAUAAAUUUGUAACCAGUGAUGUAGACUCCUCAUUUUAUCUUAAAUAUCUUGAUAUUAGAGUUGGAAAGCCAGAUUUAGAAGAAGGUUUUGGAAUCAAUAAUAAAGGUAUUAAUCCCCAUGAAUGUAGAUUAAGAGAUUGUACAUAUUCUGCUCCUAUAUUUGUAGAUGUAGAGUAUACCAGAGGACAGCAGAGAAUAAUUAGAAAUGAUUUUCUUGUAGGAAGAAUGCCUGUAAUGCUUAAAAGUUGUAUUUGUGUCUUGACAAAUAAGACUGAAAGGGAACUUGCUCAAAUGAAUGAAUGUCCUCUUGACCCAGGUGGCUAUUUUGUGGUCAGGGGUUGUGAACGAGUUAUACUUAUACAGGAACAAAUGGCCAAAAAUAGGAUGUUAGUGGAAAAACUUCCUAAUAAAACUGCUACAAAGGAUAGCAAUGUCAAUAAUUAUAUGUGCUCAGUAGCCAGUCAGACCCAUGAAAGAAGGACUAACACUAGUUUAGUGGCCAAGAGAGGAAAAUAUUAUGUUAAACAUAACCUGCUCUCAGAGGACUUGCCUAUAGCUAUAGUCUUCAAAGCAAUGGGCUUCGAAUCGGACUACGAGAUAACUCGCAUGAUCAUAGGCUGUGAUCCCGAGCCUUUUGUUUACGAGCAGAAUGAAUCAAUAAUAACAAGUUCAAUUAGCCCCUCUCUGGAGGAAGCCCACACGUUUCAGAUCUUUACUCGCAAAAUGGCUCUGACCUACAUCGGAUCCAAGAUAAAGGAUUCCAGGCUUUGGAACAUCAAGAAGAGCAAAAUAGAACAAGCUUGGGAGUUUCUCACUUUCACACUACUGUCUCAUGUUCCGGUUAAAACAAUACCACCGAAUGUGAAUAGAACUCAACCGGAUAGCUUUGAUUUCACGGGCAAGGCCUUAUAUUUAGCCGUAAUGUGCAAGAGGGUAAUCUUAUCUUGCGCUAGCUCCAGUUUCAAUCAAGAAUCGACCAUUGCUUCCGACAUCUCAGAUGACAAAGAUUAUUACGGUAACAAAAGGCUCGAAUUAGCCGGGAAUUCUUUGGCCCUCCUUUUCGAAGACCUGUUUAAACGGCUCAACGCCGAAUUGAAAAUCGCCGCCGAUAAAAUCAUCCCCAAACCCCGCACUGCCCAAUUUGAUCCCCUGAAUCACGUCAGAGUCGAUAUUUUAGGGAAAGGUCUCGAGAACGCGCUGGCUACUGGUAAUUGGACCAUCAAACGAUUCCGAAUGCAACGGGCAGGGGUUACUCAGGUCUUAUCCAGGCUCUCUUACCUUUCGGCACUGGGUAUGAUGACUAGGAUUAACUCCCGCUUCGAAAAAACCCGAAAGGUUAGCGGUCCUAGAGCUCUCCAGGCUUCUCAAUGGGGUUCCGUGUGUCCGGCUGACACCCCUGAAGGAGAAUCUUGCGGACUAGUCAAAAAUCUUGCCCUCCUCACUCAAGUUACCCACGAUGUUCCUGACCAAGAUGAACGUGCCGUCAGUCGAUUCCUUUGUAAAGUGAGCAAGUUGGUGGAUAGCGAUCUGCUCAACAGUUUGGGUCAUGGUAAUACUCUCGUCUUUUUGAAUGGCGUAAUUCUGGGCGUAACCUCCAAUCGCGAAAAAUUAACGCUGACUGUUAGGAUGCUUCGACGCAAGGGCUUCCUAGACCCCUACGUGUCCAUCUAUUACAACACAUCUCAUAAAUGCGUCUAUAUAUCGACCGACGGUGGAAGGAUUUGCAGGCCCUACAUAGUUGUAGAUCAAGUUGGUCUCCCUCUCGCGACGCAGUCUAAAUUGACCGAGCUUUGUUCGGGUAUUCGGAAUUUUGAUUCGUUCGUACAAGAUGGUUCUGUCGAAUUCGUGGAUGUGAACGAGCUCAACGAUUGUUUCGUGGCCCUUUACGUCAAGGAUAUAAUACCCGGAAAGACUACGCAUUUGGAGAUAGAACCUUUCACUAUCUUGGGCGUUUGCGCAGGACUGGUCCCAUUUCCCGAUCACAAUCAAUCUCCUAGGAACACAUACCAAUGCGCUAUGGGUAAACAGGCCAUGGGUACCAUCGGUUACAAUCAGCAGGUGAGAAUAGAUACUCUUUUAUACUUAUUAGUUUACCCCCAUCGCCCAUUGGUCAAAACGAAAACACUGGAUCUUAUAGGAUUCGAUAAAUUGCCAGCCGGUCAAAACGCGAUGAUAGCUGUCAUGAGUUACAGUGGUUACGACAUUGAAGACGCCAUCAUAUUGAAUAAAGCUUCUUUGGACAGAGGUUUUGGGAGAUGCUUUACCUAUCGUAACGCCAAAUGCACCCUCAAGAAGUACGGUCAUUCCCAGGGUUCUAGCGAUAGAAUAAUUCCCCCGACUAUAGAUAGCGUUACUAAUCAGCCCGUUUUCAAGCACGCCUCUUUGGAUAUAGACGGAAUCGUGCGGGUAGGAGCCAGAGUCGAAAAUCGACAGGUUUUGAUCAACAAAUACAUGCCUCUCUUAUCUCCUCCUACCCCUAACGCCUCAUCGGUCUCAACGGCUUCUAAUAAUCAACAGAAUCAGAACAUGUUUUGCGACGAAAACUACAAAGAAACCCCUAUUAGCUUCAAAAGUACCCCCGACAUUAAUACAUACGCCGAAAGGGUCAUGAUAUCAUCGAAUGAAGAAAAUUCCUAUCUCGUCAAAGUUUUGCUUAGACAGACGCGGAGGCCCGAGAUUGGCGAUAAAUUUAGUAGUCGUCACGGCCAGAAAGGAGUGUGUGGUCUGAUCGUGGAGCCUCAGGAUAUGCCAUACAACGAAGCGACAGGCCAAGUGCCGGACAUUAUAAUGAACCCUCACGGGUUCCCAUCCCGUAUGACUGUGGGUAAACUGAUGGAACUUCUGCUGGGUAAGGCCGGCUUAGCUCAGGGUACCCCCGACAAUUACGCGACGCCCUUCCAACUCGAUAACCCUUUCGUCACUAUCGACGAUGAAAAUAUACCAGAAUCGGAACGAGUCAACAGUGUACAUCAAGCCCUAAUAUCCAAUGGCUUUAAUUACGAAGGGAAAGAUAUUUUCGUGUCAGGCAUAAACGGGCAACUACUAUCGGCCUAUAUUUACAACGGGCCCGUCUACUACCAGAAGCUUAAGCAUAUGGUGGCGGAUAAGAUACACGCCAGGGCUAAAGGACCCAGGGCUGUACUCACUAGGCAACCAACUGAGGGUCGCUCGAGGGACGGCGGUCUUCGACUAGGGGAAAUGGAGCGUGAUUGCCUUAUUGCUUAUGGCACUAGCUCGUUACUCACCGAAAGACUUUGUUUUUCAUCCGAUCAAUUUACUAUGGACGUUUGCCCUAGGUGUGGUCUUCUAGGAACAUCUUCAGGACCCCUGGGAGGCUGUAACUUCUGCAGCAAAUCCAGCAGUACCCUAAAUUCUAAACAUACCGCUGCUGAGGCAAAUGAGAGUACUAUGGCACGCAUUAAGAUACCUUACGCUUGUAAGUUGCUCUUUCAAGAGCUUAGAGCGAUGAACGUGGUUCCUAAAUUAAUUCUCAAGCCUGCCAUUGAUUGAGAAUUUAAAUGUUUUACUUUAAUCAUGAUAUUUUAUUCAUAUCGUAAAAAUUAUUUGUAUGUCAAUCAUGAUAUAAGGAUGUAUAUGUACAUAUA